AUGCCUCCACGAAGAGCAGUUAGAGUUCGUCCAGCUAUGAAGAGUUUUGAGGAACAAGAGUUACCGAAUUCCCUAGAUGUUCAAACCCAAGAAGAGAUCAAGUAUGUUGAUCGUCGCGAAGCUAUCCGGAUAUUAAGUCAAGUUGCGACCUAUCAUGUUGGGCAGAGAGAUAAUCGACGCGAAGUGGUUGAUACUUCAAGAAUCCGUGAACUCUUAAGGAUGAACCCACCAAGCUUCUCAGGUUCAAGUAUUAGUGAGAAUCUGGAGAAUUUCAUUAAGGAGCUUAAAAGGAUAUUUGAUAUGGUUGCUGACAUGAGGAGUAGGAUGAGUUCAUAUGUUGCUGGGUUAUCUCGUCAGUCAAGCAAGGAAGGCAAGGCAGCUAUGCUGAUAGGGGAUAUUGACCUAGCAAGAUUCAUGAUUCAUUUACAACAAGUUGGGGAGGAUAAGUUGAAGGAUAGAGAAGAGUCUAAGAAUAAGAGGGCUAAGAUAAACAAAGAUGGGCACAAAAGAAAUUCCUAUAAUUUCAGGGCUCGACCUGCCUAUCUUCAAGGAAGUAUAGUACCAAGGGGUAGUAAGGCUCUUUCAUGUGCUAGGUGUGGUAGAACUCACCCAGGGAAGUGUCGUCAGGGCCAGACAGGUUGCUUUAAGUGUGGACAAGAGGGACACGUCAUAAAGGAGUGCCCUAAGAGCAGGCAAGGUAGUGGAAAUCUGAGCAGUAAGGCCCAAUCUUCUUCAGUUGUCCCACCAGACAGGAUGACACCUAGAGGAGCUACUUCUAGUACUGGUGGAGGGGCAAACCUCCUCUACGCAAUCAACAGUCGCCAAGAGCAAGAGGAUUCGCCAGAUGUUGUCACUGGUAUGAUUCGAGUCUUUGACUUUGCUAUUUAUGCUUUACUAGACUUCAGAGCAAGUUUAUCUUUUGAAAUUUCUUAG